UUCCUUCCCCACGGCCGGCCGCCUCCUCGCCCGCCCGCCCGUAGCCCCGGAGCCGAGGCCGCCGCGGCCGUGGCGGCGGAGCCCUCAGCCAUGGCCUCGGGCGACACCCUCUACAUCGCCACGGACGGCUCGGAGAUGCCGGCCGAGAUCGUGGAGCUGCACGAGAUCGAGGUGGAGACCAUCCCGGUGGAGACCAUCGAGACCACGGUGGUGGGCGAGGAGGAGGAGGACGACGACGACGACGAGGACGGCGGCGGCGGCGACCACGGCGGCGGGGGCGGCCACGGGCACGCGGGCCACCACCACCACCACCACCACCACCACCCGCCCAUGAUCGCGCUGCAGCCGCUCGUCACCGACGACCCGACCCAGGUGCACCACCACCAGGAGGUGAUCCUGGUGCAGACGCGCGAGGAGGUGGUGGGCGGCGACGACUCGGACGGGCUGCGCGCCGAGGACGGCUUCGAGGACCAGAUCCUCAUCCCGGUGCCCGCGCCGGCCGGCGGCGACGACGACUACAUCGAGCAGACGCUGGUCACCGUGGCGGCGGCCGGCAAGAGCGGCGGCGGCGGCUCGUCGUCGUCGGGCGGCGGCCGCGUCAAGAAGGGCGGCGGCAAGAAGAGCGGCAAGAAGGGCUACCUCGGCGGCGGGGCCGGGGCGGCGGGCGGCGCGGACGCGGGCAACAAGAAGUGGGAGCAGAAGCAGGUGCAGAUCAAGACCCUGGAGGGCGAGUUCUCGGUCACCAUGUGGUCCUCAGAUGAAAAAAAAGAUAUUGACCAUGAGACAGUGGUUGAAGAGCAGAUCAUUGGAGAGAACUCCCCUCCUGAUUAUUCAGAGUAUAUGACAGGGAAGAAGCUUCCUCCUGGAGGGAUACCUGGCAUUGACCUCUCAGACCCCAAACAACUGGCAGAAUUCGCUAGAAUGAAGCCAAGAAAAAUUAAAGAAGAUGAUGCUCCAAGAACAAUAGCUUGCCCUCAUAAAGGCUGCACGAAGAUGUUCAGGGACAACUCUGCCAUGCGGAAGCACCUGCACACCCACGGCCCCCGAGUCCACGUCUGUGCAGAGUGUGGCAAAGCUUUUGUUGAGAGCUCGAAACUAAAACGACACCAACUGGUUCAUACUGGAGAGAAGCCCUUUCAGUGCACAUUCGAAGGCUGCGGGAAACGCUUUUCACUGGACUUCAAUUUGCGCACGCACGUGCGAAUCCAUACCGGAGACAGGCCCUAUGUGUGCCCCUUCGACGGCUGUAAUAAGAAGUUUGCUCAGUCAACUAACCUGAAAUCUCACAUCUUAACACACGCUAAGGCCAAAAACAACCAGUGAGAAGAAGACGGAGAAGACCUUCUCGACCCCGGGGAGCAUCUUCCAGGAGUGUGAUUGGGAAUAAAUAUGCCUCUCCUUUGUAUAUUGUUUCUAGGAAAGAAUUUUAAAAAAUGAAUCCUACACACCUAAGGGACAUGUUUUGAUAAAGUAGUAAAAAUUAAAAAAAAAAAACUUUAAUAAGAUGACAUUGCUAAGAUGCUCUAUCUUGCUCUGUAAUCUCGUUUCAAAAACACGGUGUUUUUGUAAAGUGUGGUCCCGACAGGAGGACAGUUCAUGAACUUCGCAUCAAAAGACAAUUCUUUAUACAACAGUGCUAAAAAUGGGACUUCUUUUCACAUUCUUAUAAAUAUGAAGCUCACCUGUUGCUUACAAUUUUUUUAAUUUUGUAUUUUCCAAGUGUGCAUAUUGUACACUUUUUGGGGAUAUGCUUAGUAAUGCUAUGUGUGAUUUUUCUGGAGGUUGAUAACUUUGCUUGCAGUAGAUUUUCUUUAAAAGAAUGGGCAGUUACAUGCAUACUUCAAAAGUAUUUUCCUGUAAAAAAAAGUUAUAUAGGUUUUGUUUGCUAUCUUAAUUUUGGUUGUAUUCUUUGAUGUUAACACAUUUUGUAUAAUUGUAUCGUAUAGCUGUAUUGAAUCAUGUAGUAUCAAAUAUUAGAUGUGAUUUAAUAGUGUUAAUCAAUUUAAACCCAUUUUAGUCACUUUUUUUUUUUCCGAAAAAUACUGCCAGAUGCUGAUGUUCAGUGUAAUUUCUUUGCCUGUUCAGUUACAGAAAGUGGUGCUCAGCUGUAGAAUGUAUUGUACCUUUUACCACCUGAUGUGUACACCCCAUGUAACAGAAAAGGGCAACAAUAAAACAGCAAUCCUACAGAAAGAAUACGGCAGAAAAAGAUCUGUAAGCACAGUCUUAUUUCCUUUUGUUGUCCAGCAUAAUUAUAAUUCUCGAGCCUCCCAGAAAUUGGAAGCUAAAUAAAGCAACUCAAGUUUCCUUUA